UUGACGUUUUCAGCUGGUCCUUUUCUAUCGUAUAAAGAGUUUAAUAUUAUGUUUGCAGUUAUAAUAGUUGUAACAGGAAUACCAAUUUUAUUGUUACCAGAAAGCCCAUAUUUCUUAUAUAAUAAAGGACAAGAAAAAGAAGCAAUUAAGGUUCUUAAAUUCCUCCACGGAUCAGAGCAUUUAGCUUUGCAAGAAGUCGAAGAGUACACACUAUCGUCCAAACAGGAGAAGGUUAACAAAAUCGCAGUACUCAAGAAUCCAACAGUUCGAAAAAGCUUAUUAAUAUCGGUGAUAUUUUCAAUAGGUAGUCAAAUGGUUGGCUACAAUGCUGUGUCUUAUUAUUUGCAAACGAUAUUAAUAUCUACACAUACAUCAAUAAUGCCAGAAAUAGCAUCGGUUGUGAUAGGAAUCAUUCAGUUUGUUUCAAGUUUUCUCACGAUGUUCACAACAGAUAGAUUUGGUAGAAAGAUUAUAUUGAUAUCCUCGCUCGUUGGGAUGACCAUUGGCUUGAUUGGCUUAGGGACAUUCUUCAAAUUAAAACCACCUAAUAGUGAACCAGUCUCCGGGUUCUUAAACAUUCUUCCAUUGAUUUCGUUAGUGAUUGUCGUUUAUUGUUACAAUGCUGGGAUUGGAUCAUUGAUAUGGGCAACAGUAACAGAACUAUUCGAUGGUCCAGCUCGAGCAUUCGGCGUGGCUGUAAACUUAGGAGUAAACACAACAUUAAUAUUUCUUACGACCAAAUACUUUCCAAUACUGAUAUCUGAAGUCGGUCCAGCGAUUACUUACUGGUCUUUUGCAGUCGUAUCCAUAUUAUUGUGUCUGUUUAUUAUAUUCUUUUUACCAGAAACUAAAGGUAAAUCGUUUGGAGAGAUACAGGAUGAUAUUGCCAAGAAAACAAAAGAGGAAAUAGAAGAGGCGAAUUAAUAUUAUCUAAUAACUGUUUCUUGAUACAAAAAUGUGUUAUGUCGUUGAAUUUUUUAAUUUGAUUUUUAUUUUUAGUGUAAGUGAAAGUAUAUUUAAAUUGUCUAAGGACGCUAGAUGGCGCUAUAAAAUUGAAAUAACGCACUAUCAGAGGUCGUUAUUAAUAUCGCUGUUUGUGCAACGUGGGAACAAUUUUGAUGCAAAUAAAAUUUAUUACUUAACUGUAGAAGGAUAUAAAUAGCGACUAGAAAAAACAUGCAUUUUAAUUACAUCUAGUACAAAAUUACUUUGUUUUGAUAUUAUUCGAGUUUAACUAACUAUUGUUUUCAUGUGAGAAUCGACUAGUUUUUAUGUUUCAGACAAACAAGUAAUAACUUAUAAAUCUUUAUUUUAAUACGCCAAGUAUUAUCAGGUUUUAAAAAAAAGCAAAAUAUGUCAUCAAAAUAAGAGAGAGAAAACUCAAAACAAUUUCCCGAAGGAAAGUUCACAUAAUGCUUAUACUAAAGAGCGGGUCCAUUAUCGUUUCGAAUAAAAACCAAGUCGGCAACGAGCUUUCUUAUCAUGCCUGUAUCACAUAUAGGGUCGUUAGCUGCCAUAAAACCUCCCUGAUUAACUCCACGCUUUAUUUUACAUCGAAAGAAAUAGCUUUAGUGGUUGUCAUUAUGUUUUAUUACUAUAACAAAAGAAAACUGUAUUGGAGAGAAGAAAAUGGAUAAAAUAAAAUAAAUACGAUUUCAUGGCAUUGGCCCAGGGGUUUAAGAACUUGACUACAGGUCUUGGGUUCAAAUUCCGCCAUGUACCAAUGUGAUUUUCCAAUUUCGUCCAUACAUAAUUUACCCGACGUUCUUACGGUGUAGGAAAACAUCAUGCAACUUGCACAUAUCGGCGAAGAAAUUUAAAGACAUUUGUGAAGUCAACCAACCCCACUGUGCCAGCGUGGUUGAUUAUAGCUUAGUCACCCCUUACUUAAGGUAGGCUUCGAGCCCCUUCGUGGGGACGUAUACUGAGCUGGUGAUGAUGAGACCCUGAAAGUUAAUCGACCCGGUGGCCAGAAGUGAAACUUAGUUAUAAAACCUCACUAGCGCCCUCUAGUUAAUGUCAAAAAACGUCUAACGAGUAUGCGUGUCGGAGCACAAAUUAUCUAGUAUUUCCGGAGGUUUAGCGUGUGUUGAUUGACAAAAUUUUUGUUAGUCUUGUUAAAUAUUGACUAAGAAAUAAGACAAAAUCUGGUGGCAUGAUUGUUAGCUUUGCUAAAUAAAACUUCCUAGGAAUUAUUUGUGCAAAUAACUAUGCACAUAUAUUACUUCGUAACCAUACGAAAGUUGUGAUCACAAUUCAGAGCAGUUGGUAUUGCAAAACUUUUCUUGUAUUGGCCGUAGUUUUGGACUAUCGAGAAAUGGACCAGGCUAAGCUACUUUUGUACUACAUAAAUUCUGUCAAUUUUUGUGUAUGGUGUCAGUAACUUAAAAUUUAAAGUUCUAUGAAAGAAUAUUAACUUCAAAAGCACACCGAAAUAUUUAAACAACAAGUAACAAGUAACAAGAAGUACGGUAGUUAUGAGUGUGGAGGUACACCGGUAGAGAUCUAGAAAGAGAUGGAUGGAUUGCUUGAAAGGUGGCAGAUGAAGAAGGGAUUGAUGACUGAGAUGACGUAUAAUAGAGAGAGUGAUCCUGUCUCUUAAAAGUCAAAGGACGAAGCAAUCGCAGCAGAAGUCGCAAAACUUAUUCACUUUUAUAUCUUCUUGGAGUUGUUAUAGUGGUUUAGUUAUAUGUUAUUAAAGUUUGGCAUACUUUAGUUUAGUAUCUAUAUGUCUUUGUUAUCUUCUAAGACUUAUUAAGAGUGAUAAUGAUGGAGUACUUUGUAUACUUUAGUUUUUCGUGCUAGUACUUAUUGCUCAGUACUUCAAUGGAUUUUUUUAACUU